AUGAAAGCACAAGAGACUAAAAACAGUACUAGUGAUCAAAUACUGAACGGCAUACUGAUGGCAUUGGCAUUGGCAUUACAGCGGCUAAAAUGGAUGCAGACAUACUACUCAUUUUCAUUUUACUGCUCGACUUAUGUAGCUAAAAAAAUGUUGGCGACAGAUAGCAACUCCACCAACAUUGAUAUUGAUAUGGACAAGAAGGAGAAUACAGACCCAGUUGAAGCCAAGAAACUCAAAUUAGAAUCACCUUUGAAAAAGAGGCAUGAAGAGUACCAAUAUUUAGAAGCCAUACAGAAUAUAAUAGACCAUGGUUAUAAGAAGGAGGAUAGAACAGGAACGGGGACCAUCUCAACGUUUGGCAUGCAGUUUAGAUACAGUUUGAGAGACAAUGUGUUCCCAUUACUCACAACAAAACGAGUAUUUUGGCGAGGAGUUGCUGAAGAACUUUUGUGGUUUAUCCGUGGCUGCACAAAUGGGAAGGAAUUAUCAAAUAAAAAUGUCCAUAUUUGGGAUGCCAAUGGUUCAAAGGAAUUCUUGGAAGCAAAUGGUCUUGGACAUAGAGAAGAAGGUGAUUUAGGACCCGUGUAUGGAUUCCAAUGGCGUCACUUUGGUGCAGAGUACACCAAUAUGCACGCAGACUACACUGAUCAAGGGGUGGAUCAAUUAGCAUGGGUAAUAGAUAGAAUCAAGACAAAACCUGACUGUAGGAGAAUCAUCAUGUCUGCUUGGAAUCCACCAGACUUGCCUAAGAUGGCAUUGCCACCAUGCCAUUCUUUCAUGCAGUUCUAUGUGUUAAAUGGAGAAUUGUCAUGUCAGAUGUAUCAAAGGUCUGGAGAUAUGGGUUUGGGGGUACCUUUUAACAUUGCAAGUUAUGCUCUGUUGACGUGUAUGAUAGCCGAAGUGACGGGAUUAAAACCUGGAGACUUUGUACACACUCUAGGAGAUGCACAUGUUUACUCAAACCAUGUGGAACCACUCAAAGAACAGUUACAGAGAGAACCUAGACCAUUCCCAACUUUACAUUUCAAGAGGAAAGUGGAAAACAUUGAUGACUUUACAUUUGAGGACUUAGAGAUCAGAGACUAUAAACCUCAUCCUAAGAUUAGCAUGGAAAUGGCUGUGUAAUAGAAAAUGUUGGGGUGGGCUCUGGGGGGUUCAAGGCAGGUCAUAAGGGAACCCAGCCCGAGCAGCAUAGAUGUGGCUGUGUAAUAGAAAAUGUGGGGAUGGGCUGUCACGGGAUCAAAUGGAAGGACAGACCGAUGGACACCUGGUCAAUCCCAUAGGCUCACCGCGGGAUCAGGCAGUUCAUAAGAAUUUUAAGUUUCUUGCGUCAGGGACUAUAAACCCCAACCCCAGUAGCAUCGAGAUGGCAGUGAUAUAUAAAAUUAGGGAGGGGCAUGUAAGGGAGCUUUUGGGAUAGGGAUCAGAUCUGGUGUGAUCAUUUUAGCUUAGGACCAAGAUAGAUGUAAAACUUUGAAAAACCUUAUGAAAGAGUUUGUGGUACAUUUACAUUGUUACCAUAGCGAUGCAACUGAGCAUUGUCAUUGCCAAGAGGGGAAAAUAAUAUGCAUUGGCAGUCAGGCAAUUAUAAGUUUCAAAUCCUGCACUUUUCAAUAUAAGUAACUGAUGUAAGUUUCAUGCAUCUACUAGUAUUUGAAAAAGAUAUUGCACUUAAUGGAAUCUCAUUUGAUGGUUGACUUUAUAUUUGGUAAAUAUUUAUAUUUCUUGUCACUAUACAGCCAUAGUCUCCAACUUUUUUGUUGUGGAUGGUGUUCGGCGGUCGGUGUAUGUAACAAAUGGCAGGUGUUGUCAUUUUGCAUGUUAAUGCCUU